CUUGGUUUUUUUUUACCUGUGCGCAAAAUACGCAAACCAAAGCGUUGCCAUUUUCUGCGCGGCGCUGAAAGGGUGAAUUGUGAACCCGGAAAAGGCGAAGUCUGCACAGCAACAAGCGCCAUGAUUGCGUUGCACUGUGCGUCUCAGCAGCUGGAUGACAACAUGGAGCAGCUCGAAGACGAACUCACAUGCCCUAUCUGCUGUGGUCUCUUCGAGGACCCGAGGGUGCUGCUGUGCUCGCACAGCUUCUGCAAGAAAUGCCUGGAGGGACUCCUGGAGGGAAACAGAGGACCAGCCUUCAGGGCACCUUUCAAAUGCCCCACAUGCCGCAAAGAGUCGCCUCACAACGGCGCAAACAGCCUGCAGAUCAACUACUCUCUGCGCGGGAUCGUGGAGAAAUACAGCAAGAUACGGUUCAUGCCUAAGAUGUCUGUUUGUAAACAACACUGCGGACAGCCUCUCAAUAUUUUCUGCGCCACGGACUUGAAGCUCAUUUGCGGGUUCUGCGCCACGACGGAUGACCACAGAGGGCACAAGUUCUGCUCCUUGGAGGAGGCGUUUGAGCGGGAGAAGGAGGCAUUUGAAGAGCUGCUCCGCGGAGUGGAGAGUUGGCAGAGCGCAGACAUCGUGUCCUGCCUGGAGACACUGCAAGCCAGUAAGAAAAACGCGCUCCAGUCGGUGACCAAGGACGCGGAGAAGGUAACAGACUACUUCGACAAGCUCAUCGGCGCCCUCGAAUGUAAAAAGAACGAGAUCCUCUCCGAUUUCGAAACGCUGAAGCUGGUGGUGUUGCAGGCGUACGACCCGGAGAUCACCAAGCUGAGCGCGGCGAUGGAGGAGCACAGCCGGGCGCUCGGCAUCGCGGAGUCGUUCAGGAGCGUCUCGGACCCCCUGUGCUUUCUGCAGCAGAUGCAGGAGUUCCGGGAGAAGCUGGGGGUCCUUAGGGAGACGCCUCUGCCCUCUCGGAAAGACACGGACGUCGGUCCACUCGUGCGUAAUUUCGAUGUUAAAAAGUGGGACUCGCUGAGGCUCAGAGAAGUCGACAAGAUCUCGGUCCCCCACGAGAAUGGCUCUUAUCGAAUCGGGGGCUCGCGGAUGUCAACAGCCAGAUGGAUCAUCCUAUUUGUCAGUGUAGUCCUGUCAACAUCGCUGCUGCUGCUGCUGCUGCUGCACAUCCCCGCAUCCUCCUCAGUGUCUUUGCAGAUAGAACCAUUCCUCGCUGCAGCCUCCUCGCACGUCGCCUUUACUGGCGUGUACCUGCGGGAUAUGGCUGACAUGUACGUACGAUUAAUGGGUGCAGGUCAGGAAUGUAUCAUGAACUUUAUCGACGACACUGUCACUUUUAUUGGCAGCUGUACGUUGUUUUAAUCACAAGCCUGCUGUGGCAUCUCUCCUCUAUGCACUCACAGCCAGAUUACAUAACUGAUCCGUGUGAUGCCUUUAAGUAAUAACAGUCUUCUUUUUCUUCAUUUUUUUAACUAUGUUUUUUUGUUGUUUUUUUUAAAUUUUCCACAAAAUGUUCAACCUCAUUGAGUCAUAGAAUACUUUUUUUUUCCACAGAUGUUUUAGCCACUUUUUUUUCUUUUUUUUUUAACACCAUUACAAACGACAUUCCGUUUUUCCUCCCCCCAUCGAAUGUGCUGAUUCUCUGAGAAAUAACGAGGACAUCUUCACUUGUUCUACGUGAUCUUGAUAAAUAAAACAAGAAAGUCAAGUCACA